CUCUCAUCUCCGUACCCCCCUCUCUCUCUCUCUCUGCUCCGCAUCACUCACUCUCCCUCUCUCUGCUCCGCAUCACUCACUCACUCUCACUCUCUCUCUCUCAGCUGUAGACUGUACAGCUGGCAAUUUACAGCCCAAAGGGGUGAAAGUCGUAAUUGCCUAUAAGCUGUCCUCUCCUCUCUGCCCGGUAAACCGAAUGGCAUAAAUCAAGACGAAACACUUUCACAUGUUUUUAUUUGGAUAUAUUUUUUUGUCGACAUUAGAGGUAAUAUAAUUUAGUAGAUUAGAGUCCACCCCUGGAACUGUCUAAAACCGUUAUAAAGGCUGGACACUUUGUAACAGGUUUGAGAGAUGAAAACCUCAAGAUGGUGGCAGCGAUUUUCCAUCAUCAGCUUCCUGUUAGGGGUGUGGCUUCCCGCCUGGAUCAUGGCCCAGACAACGCCCCCUACCCAGGGCACCACCUCCCCCAAACCCCAGAACGACCGGCUGCAGUUCCGUCUGGUGGGGUACCCCCGGAAGCACAACGAGGGGCGCAUCGAGGUCUUCUACAAGGGAGAGUGGGGGACCAUCUGUGACGACGACUUCUCUCUGUCCAACGCCAACGUCCUCUGUCGCCAGCUGGGAUUCGUCUCCGCUACGGGUUGGACACACAGCGCCAAGUACGGCAAGGGCCUAGGGAAGAUCUGGCUGGAUAAUGUUCAGUGUAACGGAGGAGAGAAGAGUAUUGACCUGUGUAAGUCUCGAGGCUGGGGCAACAGUGACUGCACACACGAUGAGGACGCUGGAGUCAUCUGCAAGGACGAGAGGCUUCCUGGGUUUGUCGACUCCAACGUCAUCGAUGUGCAGGUGGAUGAGGACAGGGUGGAGGAGGUGCGUCUGCGCUCGGUGGUGCCCACCAAGAAGAUGCCCGUCACCGAGGGUGUGGUAGAGAUUAAGUACAAGGACGGCUGGGCCCAGAUCUGUGACGUGGGGUGGACCCCUAAAAACACCCGGGUCAUCUGUGGUAUGCUGGGGUUCCCCCAUGAGAGGAAGGUCAACAAGAACUUCUACAAAGCCCGUCUGAGAAAGAGAGCAGCUGGGAGGGAAGCCAGAGCCAAGGUUAAUGUUUCGGCUGGUGCCAGGCUGCACCCUAAAGCUAUUGCUAAACCAUUCACCUCUGGGUUAAAGAAAAGACUGAACACAGAGCGUCAGAAGCACCGGUACCACCUCCACUCUGUGGCCUGUCUUGGCACUGAGAUCCACCUGGCAGCCUGCCCCCUGGAGUCCAACAAGGGUAAUGCCACAGGGUUGUGUGAAGGUGGCAUGCCAGCCGUGGUCAGCUGCAUACCCGGACCCCAGUACGUACAGAACAACGGACUGAAGAAGAAGCAGCUCAAAACUACGAGCACGGUGAGGCUGAAGGGUGGUGCCAAGCUGGGUGAGGGCAGAGUGGAAGUCCUGAGGAACAAUGAGUGGGGCACGGUGUGUGACGAUCGUUGGACCCUGCUGUCAGCCAGCGUGGUGUGCAGGGAGCUGGGCUUCGGUUCCGCCAAGGAGGCUCUGACUGGGGCUCGCAUGGGAGAAGGGAUGGGUCCCAUCCACAUGAAUGAGGUCCAGUGUCUGGGGACGGAGAAGUCGAUGUGGGACUGCGGCUUUAAGAACAUAACGUCAGAGGACUGCCAGCAUGUAGAAGACGCCGCUGUGAGGUGCAACACGCCAUACAUGGCUCUGGAGAACUCGAUCCGCCUGACAGGGGGCCGUACGCGGUAUGAGGGGCGGGUGGAGGUGCUGAGCACAGAGGCUAACGGGACCAGGAGCUGGGGCCUGAUCUGUGGAGGGACCUGGGGCACCAAGGAGGCCAUGGUGGCCUGCAGACAGCUGGGGCUAGGCUACGCUAACAACGGCCUGCAAGAAACAUGGUACUGGGACAGUAGUAAUGUCACAGAGAUGGUGAUGAGUGGAGUGAAGUGUACAGGGAGCGAGAUGUCUCUGAGCCACUGUCAGCAUCACAGAACCGUCAGCUGUCAGAAGACUGCUGCUAAGUUCUCUGCUGGCGUCAUCUGCUCAGAGACGGCGUCUGACCUCGUCCUGAAUGCUCCCCUGGUCCAGCAGUCCGUGUACAUUGAGGACCGCCCGCUCCACAUGUUGUACUGCGCAGCGGAGGAGAACUGUCUGUCUAAGUCUGCCGCUAGUGCUAACUGGCCCUACGGACACCGCCGCCUGCUGCGGUUCUCCUCUCAGAUCCACAACAUCGGACGGGCCGACUUCAGGCCCAAGGCUGGACGCCACUCCUGGGUCUGGCACGCCUGUCACGGCCACUACCACAGUAUGGAUAUCUUCACCCACUACGACCUGUUGUCAUCCAACGGGACCAAGGUGGCUGAGGGACACAAAGCCUCCUUCUGUCUGGAGGACACCGAGUGUCACGAGGGUAUCUCUAAGAGGUAUGAGUGUGCUAACUUCGGAGAGCAGGGCAUCACCGUGGGGUGUUGGGACCUGUAUCGCCAUGACAUCGACUGCCAGUGGAUCGAUAUCACCGACAUCAAACCAGGAAACUACAUCCUACAGAUUGUAAUCAAUCCAAACUUUGAAGUGGCGGAGAGUGACUUCACCAACAACGCCAUGAAAUGCAACUGCAAGUACGACGGUCACCGGAUCUGGCUUCACAACUGCCAUAUGGGUGAUGCCUUCAGUGAGGAGGCAGAGAGGCAGUUUGAGAAAUACCCGGGACAGCUCAACAACCAGAUCUCAUAAUCUGCCUAGCAACACACCAAUCUCAUCAGACCCCCAUGUACAAACAAAAAGGGGGGGGGGGCUGAUGCGUCUAACCAUGUUCAACAAUGGGACAACCAAUCACAAAACCCUCCACCACCUAUCUACCAACCAGAAACCCAAGUCAUUAUCAAAUCCCAAACCAACCAACCAAUCACAACCAACAUCAUUGAAUCACAAGCAACAUGCCCACAGGGCAGCAGUCAGCAGUGAUCUUGGACCGGGAUUCAAAUCUGAACGCAUUUUGUCGACUAAGGCACCGUUUCAAAGGCCAUGUUUCCCGCAGAGACCGCAUUCACGGUAAAAGCUCCGUAUGUCGGCUUCAAAUGACCUUUAAAAUGUCAAGCUCGCUCUACCGCUGAUCAGAUUGAAUCCAGGCCUUGACAGAAGGAGCCAUGUUAUACGGUGAAUCAUGUGUUGGUGUAUGUUACAUUUUGUCAUACAGUGAAUGUGUUGGUGUAUGUCAGUGUUAUUAUACUUGAAUACUUAGUGCUCUAAGAUUUGUUUUAACAAACUUAUUUUUAGAUUUUAUUUUUUUGUUCAAAUGUGAGUAUAUUAUGCUACAUUUUGUCACAGAAGAACAAGUCAUAUGAUAUCAUAACUAGUCUUAAUUCAUGUUUGACUGAUUGAUGCCUGACGUGCAAAACCUUUUCAUUCACGUUUUGUUAAAGUUGUAUUUUGUUGUUGUUGUCCAGUCUGUAGUCUUGAAAGGUGAUCCAGAGGUGUAUUCACUAGGAACCAAACAGAAGCAAACGAAACAGGUGGAAGGACUUACCUACAUUUGUCCAAUAUAAGCUCUUUGGUUUUCGUUGCAAAACGUUUUCAGUUGUUUCGCUACGCUGUGCACUAAUGAAUACACCUCAGGAGAAGACGCUAGUCCUUAUUUCUGCUACAAGACAUCUUCAUAAUGACCUGAGGUAUCACAGCGAACCAUCCAACGUUGUUGCAUCACCAUGUAGUUCUCAUAGUUCACACGUGAAGAUCUGUUUAGAUAAAAUAUAUUCUAAAAUCCUCAAAUUCAAAUCUGGACCUUGAAGCCAGUUCCACUGCUUUUUUCAUUCUUCCCCUUUAAUCAGGGACUGAUUUAGUGGGUGCAAUUAAUCAUCAGAAAACAAUGUGUAAUGUGUAAAGUGUUGGUCCCAUGUUUCAUGAGCUGAAAUAAAAGAUCCCAUAAAUUUUC